AUGGAAGCUGAUGAUAAUAAUCAAUCUACGGCUGAAUCAGCAACAGCUUUCGACAGAAUAUUGGUACAUUUACGACGAGUUGCCGAGGUAAAAAAGCUUGAAAACUGGGUGCCCCACAAGCUCAAUGAUCGCCAGCGUGAAAUACGCGACCAAGCGUGCCUUACUCUGCUCAAUAGGCACAUAAACGGAGAAAUUUUGAACCGCAUUGUUAUCUGCGGCGAAAAAUGGAUUCUGUUUGACAAUCGCAAGCGCUCAGCAAGUUGUUUAGAUCCUGGUUCAGAAUCUUAA